GCGACGGAGGUGGACGAGCUUCAUACCUGAGGAGGACGAGGCUGGUGACGGAGGCGGACGAGCCUCGUAUCUGGGUGGACGAGGCUGGUGAGGGAAACGGACGAGGCCGUGCCUCGUGUCGGAGACGGAUCAGCCGGAGAGCGACCGACGAGACUUGGGAAGACGACCAGCCGUGCUGAGCCGGGAUCGUCAUCGGCAUCCAGGAAUGGCUGGAGGGGUCCAGCACGCCGAUGACGCCGGAAAGCUGCCGGACCAGGAGAGCGGAGUCGGUCGCUGCAGCCGACCGCCCGUCCGCCUGCUGAUGCUGCUGUUGGUGACGGCCGGCUUCGUCGUGCAGAUGAUGCUCCGCGUCACGCUCUCGGUGGCCAUCGUCGCCAUGGUCAACCACACGGCCAUUCCGCACACGGAGCAGCCAGCGCCGGUCACCUGCUCCAACUGGAGCAGCGGCGCCGCGCCGGCGCCCCGCCCCGGCGCCGACGAUGAGGGCGAGUUUGCCUGGGAUGAGGUGACGCAGGGGACGCUGCUCUCGGCCUUCUACUGGGGCUACUUGGUCAUGCAGGUACCCGGCGGUUUCCUGGCUGAGCGGUUCGGCAGCAAGCUGGUGCUGGGCUGCUCGCAGGCGGCCAACGGCGCGCUGGCGCUGCUGCUGCCGCAGGCCGCCGCCCAGGGCGCCGGCUGGGUGGUGGCCGCGCGCGUGCUGCAGGGCUUCGCCUGCGGCCCCGUCUACCCGUGUCUCUUCCCGCUGGUGGCGCGCUGGUUCCCACUCGACGAGCGGCAGCGUGCGUUCGGCGUGGUGAACGCGUUCACGGCGUUCGGUGUCGCAGGCACGACAACGCUGGCCGGCCAGAUAGCGGCGGCACUCGGCUGGCGCGCCAUCUUCUACGCGUCCGGCGGCGUAGCGCUGCUCUGGUGCGCCGCCUGGUUCGCGCUCGUGCACGACACUCCCGGUGAGCAUCCUCGCGCCAGCGGCGCCGAGCGCCGCCGCAUCGCAGCUGGCAACGUGACGCAGCCGCGUACGCGGCACCGGCCGCCAUAUCUGGCCAUCCUGCGCUCGCCGCCCGCGCUCGCUAUCGUCGUCUCCGAGACGGCCAACAGCUGGGCACUCACCUACCUCAUGACGUCGCUGCCCACCUAUAUGAAGCACGUGCUGGGCUUCGACCUGCGCGCGAACGGAGCACUGAGCGGGCUGCCGCUGCUCGGGCGCGGCCUGACCUUCCUGGUGGCCGGCGCGUUGGGGGACCUGGCGCUACGCCGCAGCUGGCUCUCCGUGGCGGCCAUCCGACGCACGGCCGCGGUCCUGGUCAGCGGCGGCUGCUGCCUGCUGCUGCUGCUGGUCACCUUUGUCGGCUGCCAGCCGGCUGUCGCCACGUUCUUCCUCUGCCUCUCCGGCGUGUUCAACGGCUUCAUCGGCACGGGGCACCUGGUGAACCCGCUCGACAUCGCGCCAAACUACUCUGGCUCCGUGUUCUCCGUGGCGAACCUGAUCGGCAACGGCGUCUCCACGCUGAACCCGAUCGUCACAGGCGCCAUGAUUCGGGGCGAACAGACGGCCGAGCGCUGGAACAACGUCUUCUAUCUGGGCGCCGGCAUCUUCUUUGUCAGCCUGGUGUUGUACCAGCUGAUGAUGUCGGCGGAGCGGCAGGCGUGGGACCGACGUGAGGACGACCCGGGGGCCUUGGCGUCCGCGGCGGAGCUGCCGGUUCGGCCCGUGCAGGGAGCUGCCGCCGAAGAGGAGCCGGAGAUCAAGGCACCGUGACGUGUUGGAAGAAGCACCGGCGCGACCUGAGUAGGGGACACCCUCGUCUCUCGCAGGGGCAGACGCGGCGCGCUGGGCGGGGACGCGGGCCGGAGCAGCGCAGGGACCGUUGGCAAAGCGAUCCACGGUGGUGACUGGUCUCUGCAUGCAGUCGGUUCGACGUUUGCGAGUGAUCCGCGUAUGCUCUCUGUGAAGUUGAUAUGCUGCAGGCUGGGCUGCCUCUGCAACACGUUGAGCUCGGUUACGAAUGUGCCGAAAUGACCGUGUUGCCGGGCCGUUCAGAUGCUGUACAUUCCAAUGGUAUGUGUCGGCGAGGUCUGAGCAUGCCGCUCAGCAGGCGGCGUCAUGGAAAUCCUUGCUCUUGCUACCACUGGCUUUAAUUUGCCGCUUAUUUGCCGUUUGAGCUUAUUAGCUACGAGCCAUAAGUCCAUUCAUUCCCCUUUGGAACAGACGACGAAAUUGUAUUAGUGAUGCAGGUUACUGCUGCGAGCAGCUUGUAUGCGCGCAAUAUCACUGAUGCUUCUUUUGAAACAUGUUCCCUUCGUCGAUUAUUCAAUGUACUAGUCAAAAAACGAUAUCAUAUUCUAUCUUACCAAUAAUUACUACUUAUCUGCUAUUCGAUACCAUGGUAUAUUCACGCAACAUUAUGUGUAAAAUGCACGGCGAGAAUGCUGUCCGACCUCUGGACUGAACAUUGGCAUGACCUCAUGUCAUGUCAUGACCUAAUGCCAUGACAUUACCUGCUCUACUGUUGGCAAUUUUGGUGCAAUGAAAUACAAACGCAUUCACUCA